GCUUCCUGACAGAUUGUGUCAGAAUCUUUUCAAUGUUAGAUUUAGAAUAAUUUUUAAGCUCCUGCUUUUUAUCUUGAGCACAGUAUUAUUCUAUACUUGAUGCUGAAAUGUUACCAUAAGGUUGUAUUUUAAAUGAUUCAUUAGUCUUGAAUUAAACAUGCUUUCUUUUCAGGGUUGUGAUUCAAAUUCAAAUAAGACAUAAGAUCUAACUAGUUAGCGUUAACAGUGGGGCAGUCAAGAUCUGUAAGAACAGCAAGAUCAAGGUAGAGGUCCCCUUGCUGGAUACUACUUUAGUUGAUAAUGGAAAGAUUGCCAUUAUGUUAGCUAAUUAUAAACUAUGGAAGGUGUAAUAUGUGAGGUGAAAGAUGUCAGUGUUCGGAAACACAAUACUUCUCCAUUUUGGGCACUCGGUGUCCACAGAAACACUCGCAGAAAGUGAUGCUAGUAAUGUGAGUGGGAUUGUCAGUAUCAAGAAGAAGGGUCCUGUCAGCAGGUGGUUUGAGGAAAGUUCUAGAAUAUCUUUACUCUUCUGCUGACGUUCCUCAGUGAUACUUCUGAAAAAAUAAUAUUCCAGAGUACAAUAUGAAACCUGCUUAUGAACGAAACCAAGAAUGCCUGCCACCAAAGAAACGAGAAUUACUACAGAAUAGUAUUGGAGGCGAGGACGUCUUAAAAAAUAAUACAUUGCCAACUAGCGCCACUACUGUAAGCGAUGCUGAUUGGUCAAGAAGUGCUACUGAAGAGAACGAAACAACGCUGAGAUAUGGAGUCAGAGCAGAUAAUGGUGAAAGCUCACCUGGAGUCGCAGUGGAUCAAUAUGGCAUGAUGUACAAAUUGGCUGUACCUUCUGCAAACUAUUCACUGAGUCCUCAGCAUUCAUUGAUGAAUAUGGGGCAUCUUUCACCAGCAUACAGCAUUGCGUCUCCACUUAUUCAGCACCCUGGGGUUCCAUACACACCUGUUCAUUACACCCAACUACCCCACACUUCACUGCAAUUUGUCGGACCUCCAUAUUCGGUUCCAUACGUUUCUCAUGGGAUACUGCCAAAUCCGUUGAUUUCUUCUGUGGGAAUCCCCACCUCUCAUCUUUCCCAACUUGUUUCAUAUCCUCCUAUGAUGGCUGAGACUAGCACUCCUCCACCACGAACAGCAUCUCCUACACAAACGUACAAUAAAGCCACUGGGUCUCCUGUACACAGUUUGACUCCACAAGGACCACUGCCUCACCUGACAACAGCAGAUCUUUCGCAAGGUGUGGCGCAUGGUAGGGUCCCGUUGCAUUUUCAACCUUCACUAUUAACAUCAUCCUAUGCAACCUUUGCUACAGCAGUGCAAAAUCCAGAAAUGUGUCCUGAAAAUAGAUAUAGCCUGCACAUGGCAAAAGACAAAGAAAUUUCAGAAACUGUAUUGGAAGUCUCAGCAAACCGAAGUGAAGGAACUUCAGAUCAUCAGAAUUUUGAGAGACGAUCACGGCAUGAGAGAUUUAUAGAACUUCAGGCACCCCAUUAUGUUGGCAGCAGAAAGGAAACUCCGCUUUCUGCCUCAUCAAUGGAAAACCCAAGAGCCAGUCCCCACUUUUCUGUUCACCGGGAACCAAGAAAUGAAGUUAUCUCUCCAGCACAGAGGAGUACACCGGACACAGACCUAGAGGUCCAACAAGUAGUUGGGAGUUUGGGCACUCAAGGGUGUCAGGGUCCUGUGGUUGUUAGAAAAGAAGUCUUAAGUAACAGUAAAGUUUCACAGAAUUCAUUCAAAAGUCAAGAACAAGUAAAAUACCACACUCAGAUCAUUCCUAGUAAAAACAUUGUAGAAUUUUGCUCCAGUGAAGAAUUACCACGAUCUCCCUGUCUGCCUGCUGGACUCAAAAGACAAUCAUUAGAUGGCCAGCGUGGAUAUUUGCAUAAAACAAUAAUAUUAGCCAGUGGGCAGCAAGUGUUAAUGCCUGUUGAUACCCCUUUGCGCGAGGAGGAUGCAUUGGUUAAUAAUGUUGCUGUAACAACAGAAUCCACAAUUCAAAGUCAUCCUGAGAGGCAGACAGCUUGUACAGUGGUUCCACUUCCAGUAUCUCAAACCACAGUACCAAUUCUUCAGCCUGUCCUGGUCCAACAGACCCCACCUGCUCAUAUUCCUUCACACUUUAUGAAAGGUGCAAUCAUCCAGUUAGCAAAUGGGGAGUUGAAACGUGUAGAAGACCUGCAAGCGCAGGACUUUGUGCAUAGUGCAGAGAUUAGUGCCGGGUUAAAGAUUGACUCCAGUACAGUAAUUGACAUUGUUGAAGGCCAGCGUCCUGGCCAUGUCACUCUCCAUUUCUCUGUAGGAGAAACUCAAACAAAGGUGAGUGUAGAGGUCACCACAGAGCAUCCCUUCUUUGUAUUUGGUCAGGGUUGGUCCUCUUGUAACCCAGAACGUACUGCACACAUCUUUGGACUUUCAUGUCAAAGACUAACGGUGGGUAACGUCUGUGUAUCACUUGGCGUCCAAACAUCUGGCAAGAGCUCUAUUCAGCCAGCUUCAACUCCAGUCAAUACUAUUUCAGUUCAUGAUUCAAGGACCGUGGGAACAUCUGAAGUUGUCUUAGCUCCUCCAGAAGUCUCAAUCCAUAGAAACUCUGAAGUUAAGAACCGUUCAAAAGACUCAAUCGUGCAGUGUUUGCAUACAUGUUCUGACAGCAUUCCCAGCCAUCUGAAUUAUCAACAUCGUUGGGCCACCGCAGAUUUCCAAAGAGAUGGUUUUCAAUCAGAGGAGACGAAAAUUUUCUCCCGGCCUUCCUUCAUACCACAGGAAGUCAAACUUUCAAUUGAGGGACGUUCAAACGCUGGGAAAUAAUUGCAUGAACUCUGCAGGACAAUAAAUUAAGACAGUUUCACAUCUACUAUGACAGCCUUAUGUCAGUUAUACUAUGGUAUUGAUUGAAAUAUACUUUGAUAGUUUUCAUCAUGCAUUUGCAGCAUAGGAGAGAUAGGAUCUUUCAUUGGAACAUUAAUGGGGAAUGUAUGACAGGACAGAUUUUUCUUUAAUAAUAAAUGAAAAUGCUACUAACCAUACAAAGCUCAUAUUUUGCAUAAACAUUUGUGUUUCUGAUUGAAAACUGGUAAAUGCUAUAUUUUGUCCCCCUGCAAUGCUUGUUAUGUCUGUGGGUUGGCGAAGUUAGCAUGAAAGAAUGAAAAGAUUGAAUUGUUGAGGACCCUACAGUAAAAUUCUAUAUAUUGUUUUUGAAGUGCAUUAUAUGUGAUUAAUUAAUGAUCCUUUUUACCUAAAUUUAACUCUGUUCUUAACAUUUAAUUUACUUGAAAAUUUGCUUUGUUAAGUUGAUAGUGGCCAAUUUCAAGGUGGACAAUUGUUUAUUUAACUUAACGGGGAUUUUAUUUGCAAAUCAAAAAAUGUAAUUUUGAUAUCUUAUGUGAGGAAAUUUCAAAAAUCAAGCAUUGAAGAAAGCCCACAAGUGUGUUGCCUGGUAGCAUUUAAGUGGAAAAGUAUACACAUUCUUAGGAAGUAAUUUGCAAAGGGUCAUUGAUGCAUGGGAGAUCUUAAUCCCUUUCAGAUAUCACUAAUUUUGUACUUAACAGGACUUGUUGGUUUUAAAUCCAGAAAGACUCUUUCAUUUUGUCCUUAGUGCAUAAUUCACUAAGUGACGGAACAAAACAUUUGACAAACAUGGCUCAGUUUCGUAUUAAUGUCCAAUGGACAGAUCCUAAUUCUGACAAGAGUAAAUUGACCUAUGUAAGCUGGAUUUAACACAUGGCCAAAUGCUAUGUUGAUUUUCUUAUCCUGGGUUUAAAAUUUAAGAUAUUUAAAAUAUUAUAAAUGUUCAUGAUACAAUUAGUGUAAUCAACAGGGUAAUUCACUUUUCCUUUUAUAUGCUUUAAGAACAUUGUUUUGUAACUUUCAAAAAGGUUCAAGUACUUUACAGCACUAAGUUCCAGUGUUUUAAGGUUUUGUUUCUUUCUUAACAAGAUUAAUUUAGGUUAUCUGGUGUAACAGUGAGAGAACUCGAACACCCUGUGCCAAGUUACUGAUAUUUGAAAUUACCCUAUUGAAUUCUUAUGACGAUAGAAGUGUCAUCUUUAGAUGUCCUGUGGUAAUGAACAAGACCUUUCAAAUUAGUACAAUUCCAAAGGGCAUACAUGUAAAUUGGACCUACCUUUAUUAACUUUUAAUUCUCUUUGCACUUUCUUAUUUUUGCAAAAUUCCAUUUAAUAUUUAAAAUCUGCUUGAGAUGCAACAGUGAUUUAAUUAAUUACAUUAAACAGAAAUGGAAACAAAACUUAAAUUAAACUAACUUUAAAAAGCCAAUCCACUUUCACAAGUAAUGAAAAGCAAUUUGGUGUGUCAGCAUUCAGUGACAGUUCAUGCAUGGUCAAAUGCAAAGAAAAUCUGUUGGAAUUGCUUCUACUAUGGGCCACAUAGAUAUAUAUAGUUAGAUUAAAGUCAUUUGAGCAAUAGAUUAAUUAAACUGUACAGAAGUGUGCUUUUGGUAUGCUACUCUCUUUACGGUGUGGUGUUCAUGUUCUGUGCAUGCAGUUUUGCUUUUUUUUUUUAAAAAGUUUAUCUUGUGUCCUAGUUUCAAUUUGUUAUUUAAACAAUCCAAAUUUGUCAUGAUUUUUAAAAUAAUUCUGUUGAACUGUGUGGUUCAACUCUUCUUGCAAUGGACUUCUCGGAUAUACAGAGAGAUACUGCAGUGAUUAUUUAUUGCAUUGCUUCAAAGAUUAAUGUGUUCAUGAAAGUAAAGUAGAAAGUUGCAAUAUUCAACAGUGUAAUUAAAAAACAACAAAAAUGAUGGAUAAAGAAAGAAUUAGGCUAUGGUACAGAAUGCCUGAGGGAUUCCAGUGUCUGUUUCUGAGAAUAGGUGGUGCAUUAUUCUGAAGUGUGGUUUUAUUCUCUUGAUGAUGAGGAACCCCAGUACCAUAUAACUAAUUACACACAGAUGAUGUGGGAAGAAUAUUAGAAGGUUAGCCUCGUGUACAUUGUAUUAUCACCUCGCACUUUUAAAUUAUUAGUGUUCAUUAACUAGAUUAGCUAACACACUUUCUGAUAUUGCUGUGUAUACGCAUUAUCUUUUGUCAUGUAAUUACUUGCAUUAAUGCACUUUGACAGUUUAAACAGAAACAAAUCAAGGAACAUUACCAAAAUUAAAACAAAGUAAUAUGCAAUUAAUGAAACAGAUUUUUAAAAAUGUAAUAUUAAGAAACCUACACACAAUAUGCUUCACGUUCAGUUAAUUAAAUGUGAUUUUUCUAUUCAUUUUCUGAAACUAUGGGUAUAUUUAUGCAGUACCAUGAGAAACACAAUGUGUUUAAUCACUAGUGGACAGGACUUGCCAACAUUCAUGCACAGAGCUGUGAAAACCAUUAAACCUUGUACAACUUAAUAGAUAUACCAGAGCUGACUUCUGUAUUUUAAAUUAACUGUUGCAUUCUUAGUAAUGUGACUGUGAUUUUCUUUUCCCUCACUUAUCCAGGGUUAAAUUACAUUACAGCAUAACCUGAAACAAUGAGUGUUUAGCAACUUAAAAAGAAACUUUUCUGUAGGCAUUUUGUUGGGUGAAGACUAUAUUCUUGUGCUGAAAAGCAUCUUUAAAUACAAGACUUGGCAUAUUUACUAGUACACUAGUAAUACCUAAGACUGAGGCUAAUUUUAUCAUCCAGGAGUGAAUGCCCAUUGUCAACUGUGGUACUUGGAAUCUCUUUUGAAAAACAUUUUUCCUAAGUGUUGUCACUGGAAGUCAAUGACUGCCCAGAUCAUGCAGUAUUUAUACAUUAAAACAUAUUUACAAUUUAUUUGGAAGUUGCACUUGCUAAGAACUGACAUGGGGAGGACAUAAAAGGGAACUUUAUAGGUUCAGGAAUUAUACCAAAGUUCAAAGGUUUUUUAGCAGGCUGUUCUGGGUCUAGUAACGUUUAAAAACCUUUACUUGUGUAAAAUAGCACUGGGUCUAAAAGUACAAAUCUGAGCUAUAGCCAAAUCCCACAAUACAAAUACUCUAAUCUCUGGACUAGAAAUUGCAUCGCUUAUAAUCCUUAUCUGCAGUAACUGCAGCUUUAAUAUUUUUCUUUCGAAACUGAAUCAACAAUUAGUAAUUUAUAACAUUGAUUGUUAAAAUCAGUUUGUAUUACAUCACAGAUUACUAAAUUCCAUAUCAACUUAGUUGCAUUAUUGUCAUGAUUCCUACCAUAUAGAUUUUUCAAGCCUUUUGGACCCUAUCCAUUAAGAUGCAUUCUAAACAAGAUAUGAGGGGAUUUUAAUUUGUUUUGCGACGUGUUACCUGGUGUGAUACAUUUUUGUGCACGAUUACCUACUGUCUCUUCUACAUUUAUAAGAACAUUGGAAGAGUUGGAUAGAAAGCUCUUUUUCUUUUAUACUAGAACAUUUUCAAAUUCCCAAAAUUGCCAAUAGAAAUAGAAAUAAGUUUUACUUGUUAAUGACAUUAUUUGUUGGUUGCAUAAUAUAUUUUAAUGUUACUUUAACAAAUGUUAGUAUUAUAUAUUUGUGCUAUAGGAAGUUUUUAUGCAUGAAAGUUUCCUUUCAGACUACUUGAUCAAAAAAAAUACAAUUUAGACACAAGUAGGAAAUCUUGUUUAUGUAUUUCCUCUGUUUGUGUUAGUCUGUCAGCAUGGUCAGUAUUCACGUGCAACGUUGACAAUAUCCCUUUUGAAGCGCCGAACUUACCUGAAUUUGAAAAGUACCCACAUAAAAGUCUGUAGUGUUUUCUGACAUUUAAAAUAAAUUGUUUGUACUUUAAAUGCUCAAAAAUAUGUACAUUAUGUAUAUCUGUAUAACAAGAAAGUUUAUUCAAAGUGCUAAAAAUAAGAUUUUUAAAACUAGACAUCUGUUUGCUAAUACACCUUGCCAAGUAUUUUUUUUAACCUGUGUGAAGAAUAUAAAGGUAACACUAAUUACUAUUUUAUCUGUUUAAGAUUUCAUAAAGGGAUGCUGACAGGUUUGAUUUGUAUACAUUUUAAUUAGUCUGCGCAGGUCAACACAAGUGAAGACUGUCUUUAAAACUUACAGAACUAAAAUAUUGGCUUAAACUGUAUCUUAAUGUUAGUCAACAUAUACUCUGUACAAAACAUAGACAAAAGACUAUGGUUCAGCAGAUGGCUAAUGUUUCAAUAAUCUAUAGAGUUAGCACUAGAGGAUUUAAUGCUAUUUUAAACAUUUUAAAAUAGUGCAGUUUUUCAUAGCUGAUUUUCUGGAAUGUGAUUGCUGAGACAACGUGUAUUGUUAAAUGAUAUAUCAGAUCCUGGAAUGGGGGAGAAAAACAAUUUCCUGUUUGUUUCAAAAACUGGGUUUUUGAAGUUGACCAGUAGCCUUCAUAACUGGCAUUUAUUUCUGGAAAACAAAGUCACUCACAGCUGGCCGCUGAGAUUCUCUCUACCUGAUGGCUGUUAACUCUUUGAAUACUGAAUCCCAUUUGCAGCUUUUAAGAUUUGCACAUUUUUUUUAUUUUGAGAUUUUCAGUAAUUAUUUUUAACACUGUGGAGUUUGUAAUUAUGUUCACACUAUUCUUGGACUAUUUUCAAAUAAAGCCCUUACAGUUUUGAUAAUUGAAAUAAAAACAAAAUACUAGAAAUUCUCAGCAAGUCAGGUGGCAGCUUCGCAUUGUUAACCUUUGGUCAAAACAUUAACUCUGUUUGUAUCUCCAGAGGUUCUGUCUGACCUUCUGAGUAUUUACAGUAUUUUCUGUUUUUAUUUCAGAUUUCCAGCAUCCACUGAUUUAUUUGGUUUUACAUUCAGUAAAUUAGGUUCCUCGGCAUAAUCUGUGGCAGACAUGGAUUCAGGCUACAGAAUUGACCAUCAUGCCAUUUAAGCUUGUUGUCUACAUUUAACGAAUUAAAACUCUCUCAUUAGUUGUAGGAUUUGAUCAAUACCCGUCAAAAUUAGUACCAACAUUUGAAACGUUUGUUGACAGAACAUGUUUACCAAGACAUUCCUCCUUUUUAUUGUGUUUUUAAAUAUUAUAGGAAUUGGUUUAGUGUGCACUAACCUACAGUUGCUACAUGGGGAAAAUAGUACAAAUGCAGGAUCCUAUUAAUUUUAGAUAGGUGUUUUUCACAGACAUUUGGUGAUCAUUUUAUGGAUUGCACAUGUCAUUGUAAAAAUUUUAAUGUUUUGAACCUGUUCCAAAGCCUGAAAAUGAUUCUUUUGUGUUGGCUUAUCCUAAAAUCAAUACUAAAUUCUAAAUAUUUAUCAUGCUGGUGAAGCACAUUUGUGGUCAGUUUGCUGAUACAACAUUGUCUAUAGAGCUUUAUCUGUAGAAAUUAUCAUGGUAAAAGUUUUCAUAGACCAACAAAAUGAUUCAGGAUUGCUUUUAUUACCUUUAGUUAAAUGGGUAUUGGUCAUCUUCUAAGUGUUAGAAUUACUGCAUUCCUAUCAGAAUCCUUGAAAGCAUUAAUCUAUAUCUUGUGUGUUUUUGUAACCAUUUUUUCUAAAAAAAAUUAAAGUUUUAGAUUUGUAUAUUUGUAUUUUUGUGGCCUUUUAUGCUGUUUAAUGUUAAUUUUGUGUACUGCAAAAGAAAAUGUAUUUUUAUUGUCAAGCCUAACUACUUAUGUAUGAUUGCAUUAAUUUGUUGGUAUGUAAACACUGCAUAAUAUAAACUCUACAUUUUA